AUGACGAAAUUCUGCUCAAAAUCGGGUGUUUUUUGCUGGUCGCCAGAUGGACAGGUAGGGGUUUUGGGGAAUUGUUUUGGAAAUAUCAAUUUUCCAGAUGUCUGGCUCAAAAAUACUGAAAAUUGUGAGAAAUUCACUUUUCAAGGUAAAAAAAAACCAUAGAAAUCUCGAUUUUCUCACCAAAAUCUCUUAAAAAUACCCAAUUUUUCCAGGGUCUUCUUCUAGCCACCGAUUCCACUUUCGAUUACAUUCCCUCCACCUCAAUCCAACAAAAACAACAACACUCCGCAAUUCCGCCCUCCUUCUCUCAGCCAACCCAACAAAAUCAAGGAUUUCAUCAGAUUUUCUGGGCUCAAAAUGGUGUAAUUGGCGGAGCAACGUUGCCCGGACACGUGGCAUUCUACGCGCAAAAUCAGCAAGGAUAUUUCGAGAAACGACACGAGAAUUCGCAAAUUUCGGGAGUUAGCCUAAUUUCGGGCUCAGCGACUGGAAAAUGGUUCAUUUCCGGAGGUUCGCAAGGCGAUGUCUUACUUUGGGAUGCGAUUUUAGGGGUUCCGUAUUCGCCGGGAACUCGCGAAAAUCGAAAUUCGAUCAAGGAUUUGCGAUUCGCUCGCGAUUCCGAUGCGAUUUUCGCAAGUUUCAGCGAAAAUUCGCUAGAAUUUUGGGAUUUGCGACAACAUGGGCGGCCGGUUUUUGCAUUGAACUCCAUUCAAAAUUCGACGAGUUUCUGUUGGGCUCGGAAUUCUGAAAAUGAGGUGUUUUUGGGAUUUGACGAGGGAAUUGUGAGGAAAUUCGAUUCGAGAAUGUUGAGCCAGGCAAUUUUUGAAUUUAGAGGAAAUGAAGGAGCUGUUGAAUCGAUUGAUGUGUGCGUUUUCAAAAAAUGCGAUUUUUUGAGCCUAGAAGAUUCGAGAAUUCUAAAAAUAAUCAAUAAUUUGCCACGUCAUAGCUCAAAUUUUCAAUCGAUUUGCUUUCUCGAAUUUUCUAGGGUCAAAAAAUCGCAUUUUUAUGAAAUUUUUGCCACGUCAUAACUCAAUUCUUUCAGAAACUCUUCAAAUCAAAUCAUCUCCUCGUCAAAAUCCGAAACUCUUCUCUGGACUCUGGAAAAUCCCGAAAUUUUUGAGCUCAAAAAUCAGAGCUCAAUGUCAAAUUUGAAGUGGAAUCCAAAAAAUCGCGAAUUUAUUCGCAUUUUCGUCGUCGAAAAAUCAAGUGGGAUUUGGUGAAAUUGCCGAUUUCACAGCGAAAAAAUCGACUCAAAAUUUGAAUUCUGCCUCGAAAUUACCGUCAAAAGUUAUUGAGGACAUCAAAACUUUCGCCGAAAAUUCGAAACGACUCAAAACUUUUGCCGAUUUUUUGAUGGAAAAAGCGGAAAACGAGGGAGAAGAGUUACGACAACUUGUCUGGCUUUUUUUGGCGGCGAAAAUUGAAGGAUCGAGUAGACGACGAUUUUUGAGAUAUCUGAAAUUGAUGGAUGAAGCUGAAAUGAAUGCGCAGAUUUUUGAGGAAAGAGAUUCGCGAAAUUCAACGCCUGAAAGUUUUGAAAACGAAUUUGGAGCGAAAUUAUCGUUUUUAGAUAGAGAUGGAUUGGAUUGGAAGAAUUUAGGUAGGAUUUUGGCUGAAAAUCUGGAAUUCUGAGCCCAAAAAUUGCCACGUCAUAGCUCAAAAACUUGCAGAUUCCUCCGAUUGGCUUCUGGUCACAAAUGCGAUAUGCGGAAAUCACGAAAUCAUCAUAAAUUCUCUGAUUUCGGAGAAAAAAUGGAUGUUGGCCACAAUCUACGCCUCAGCUCAUGAUAAAUCGCAAGUUUCUCGAAUUUUCGAGAAAUUCUUGGCUGCUGAAAAUACUGCUGAAAAAACUGCCCAAAUUAUCGAUCGAUUUUGUGUCGAAUGGGAAUCGGCCGAGUUUGGAGCGCAACGUGGAUUGUUUGCGACGAAAAUCGAGGAUUUUGUGCGCGGUUUUCCGGUGGAAAAAUGGCGAUAUAUGCUGGGCAUUUUGAUUGUGAGAAUUGAGGAUUUGAAGGAUUUGGAAGAUGCGAUGAGAAUUGUUGCAAAUGUUUGGAAAGAGCACAAAAGUUGGUCGAUUUUUUGAGCUGAAAUUCAAAAAAUUCCAGAAAAAAUGCUAUUUUUUGAGCUGAAAUUCAAAAAAUUCCAGAUUUUUAGAAGUGUGACCUUGUGGCGUGGCAAUUUAAAAAUAAGAUUUUUUUUUCGAAAAUGAAUUUUCGAAAUUGCCACGUCACAAGGUCACGCUUGAGAAAAUCUGGAAUUCCAGCUUGAAAAAUGUGCAUUUCCAGCCAGAAAAUCUGAAAUUUUGAUGUGAAUUGUGGUAAAUGUUUGGAAAGAGCACAAAAGUUGGUCGAGAAAAAAAAUUCCAGAAAAAAAUGCUCUUUUUUUGAGCUGAAAUUCAAAAAAUUCCAGAUUUUUAGAAGCGUGACCUUGUGACGUGGCAAUUUCGAAAAUUCAUUUUCGAAAAAAAAUCGAAUUUUUCCCUCAUAUAAUCCUCCGAAAAUAAUCUUUUUGCUCGAAAAUUUGAGCUAUGACGUGGCAAAUUAUUGAUUAUUUUUGGAGGAUUAUAUGAGGGAAAAAUCAGAUUUUUUUUUCGAAAAUGAAUUUUCGAAAUUGCCACGUCACAAGGUCACGCUUGAGAAAAUCUGGAAUUUCAGCUUGAAAAAUGUGCAUUUCCAGCCAGAAAAUCUGAAAUUUUGAUGAGAAUUGUUGCAAAUGUUUGGAAACAGCACAAAAGUUGGUCGACAAAAAAAAUUCCAGAAAAAAUGCUCUUUUUUGAGCUGAAAUUCAAAAAAUUCCAGAUUUUUAGAAGCGUAACCUUGUGACGUGGCAAUUUCGAAUAUUCAUUUUCGAAAAAAAAAUCGAAUUUUUCCCUCAUGUAAUCCUCCGAAAAUAAUCGAUAAUUUGCCACGUCAUAGCCCAAAUUUUCAAUCAAUAUUUUUUGCUUGAAAGUUUGAGCUAUGACGUGGCAAAUUAUUGAUUAUUUUCGGAGAAUUAUAUGAGGGAAAAAUCAGAUUUUUUUUUUGAAAAUGAAAUUGCCACGUCACGAGGCCAUGCUUCAAAUAAUCUGGAAUUUUUGGAGUUUCAGCCAGAAAAAUGUGAAUUUCCAGCCAGAAAAUCUGACAUUUUCAGAUCCCCUCCAAGCCCUAAUCCCACUCAUAAUUGCUGGCGAUUUGAACGAAUUCAUCAGCACAAAUUUGGAUUUUUUCCCCGAAAUCGAUAAAUUUCAUCAAAUCGAAGCGUUGAAAAUCGCAAAUCCCCCCAAAAAUUUGGCACAAUACGAAGAGGCUUUGAUGAGUUACGCCAGAAUUCUGCAGGAAAAUGAGAUGCACGACAUUUUGUGGGAAAUUCUCAAGGAGAAUCGCACGCAGAAUCCGGCAUUGGUGGAGAUGCGCGAAAAUUUGAGGAACAAAUUUGGUGGCAAAAUUUCGACGCCACAAUUUCCCGGAUUUGAUCCGCAUCGAAAAAGUGUGGAUGAGCAGGAGAAUGAGGUGAAAUCGGUGAAAAAUGGUGAGUUUUUUUCUAGGCCACGCCCAUUUUUCUGUGCGGCAAUGAGAAUUUUUGCAUUUUUUGAUACCAAACAAGACUCUAGGCUUAUUUAGUAUCAAAAAAUGCAGAAUUUUUCAGAUUUUCAGCCAAAGAAUCGAAUAAAUCUGAUAUUUUCAGCCCCAAUAUUAUCUGGCUGGAAUGAUCCACCGCCAAAUCUCACAAAUCCACCAACUUCAAAUUCUGCAAGAUCUGGAAUUAAUCGGACUGGAACUUCAAGAUAUCCACAACAACAACAACAACAACAAGGAUAUAAUUAUACUCCUAAUAUGAGCAAUCCUGCAUAUAAUGGUGCUAAUAUGAGCAAUACUGGUUAUAACCCUAACAUGAGCAAUCCAGGGUUUCCCCCGGGUGCAAGCAAUCCGACAUAUUCUAAUAUGAGUAAUCCCGGUUAUAAUCCUAAUUUGAGUUAUACACCUAAUAUGAGCAAUCCUCCUGCUAAUAUGAGCAAUGCUGCUCCUCCUCCUCAAUAUUAUGGAAAUUAUGCUGGAUAUUAA